GAGUUCUAUGGUGACUACAUUGCCGUGAACCCACACGUCUUCUCGCUGAACCUGCUGGGCUGCUGUCGGGGCCGCAGCUGGGAGCCGGCUCAGCUCACCAGGACCACGCAGGGCCUCACUGCCCUGCUCCUGUCCCUGAAGAAGUGCCCCAUGAUCCGCUACCAGCUCUCCUCAGAGCCAGCAAAGCGCUUGGCCGAGUGUGUGAAGCAAGUGAUCACCAAGGAGUACGAGCUGUUUGAUUUCCGCCGCACCGAGGUCCCGCCCCUGCUCCUCAUCCUGGACCGCUCGGACGAUGCCAUCACCCCCCUGCUGAACCAGUGGACGUACCAGGCCAUGGUCCACGAGCUGCUGGGCAUCAACAACAACCGCAUCGACCUGUCCCGCGUGCCGGGGAUCAGCAAGGACCUGCGCGAGGUCGUCCUGUCCGCUGAGAACGACGAGUUCUAUGCCAAUAACAUGUACCUGAACUUCGCCGAGAUUGGCACCAACAUCAAGAACCUGAUGGAGGAUUUCCAGAGGAGGAAGCCAAAGGAGCAGCAGAAGCUGGAGUCCAUAGCAGAUAUGAAGGCCUUUGUGGAGAACUACCCUCAGUUCAAGAAGAUGUCAGGCACAGUGUCCAAGCACGUGACGGUGGUGGGGGAGCUGUCCCGGCUCGUGGCCGAGCGGAACCUGCUGGAGGUGUCCGAGGUGGAGCAGGAGCUGGCCUGCCAGAGUGACCAUUCCAGCUGGUGUCUGCCGUGGUGGAGUACGGAGGGAAGCGCGUGCGGGGCAGCGACCUGUUCAGCCCCAAGGACGCCGUGGCCAUCACCAAGCAGUUCCUCAAAGGCCUCAAGGGCAUUGAGAAUGUGUACACCCAGCACCAGCCCCUGCUCCAGGAAACCCUGGACCAGCUCAUCAAGGGGAAGCUCAAGGACAGCCAAUAUCCCUACCUGGGCCCCAACACACUCCGGGACAGGCCUCAGGACAUCAUCGUGUUCCUCAUUGGAGGGGCCACCUACGAGGAGGCUCUGGCUGUGUUCAACCUGAACCGCUCCAACCCCGGCGUCCGCAUCGUGCUGGGGGGCACCACCAUCCACAACACCAGGAGCUUCCUGGAGGAGGUGACAGCCGCAGGAUUCCGCGGUCGAAGCACUGAGAGCUCCCAAGUCCCACCAAGGUCCAGCAGACGGUGAAUCCUGAAGAAAUGAGGGGUUUGUGAACAUUCAGAGCUUUCCCAGAGCAGAGCAGAGCAGGAUGUUCCUGGCCUGCAGCUGCAGCUUCCCCUCCACACCCAGAAUGGCAGCGAGUGCUGCAGCUGGCACUGGAUGUGCCCCCACUGCAGCUCCUCAUUGUCCCCUCACAAACUGCUCCAGGACUGGCAUGGUCACCUUGAGGAGAGCCUGGGACAGCCCCUGAAUCUCUUCAGCUCUGCACAGGACACAGGAAUGAGUCCCAUGAGGAGCCCAUGCAGGGGGAGCAGCUGUGGGGGUCUGGCUGGGGGGCACAGGAGCCCUUUGCUGUUGUCUGUAUAUGUUGGAUCCUAUUAAAUCCCCCACUUUGCCCAAA